GAAGAAGAAGUAGAAGACGACAAACAGGCGGUCAGAUUUAAUUCUUCGUUCCUCUAAAAGUGAAUUUAACUAAAGAAAGAAGAAAACUACAACACUGCUGCUUCAACCCGCGGACACAUUACACAAACUGGAUGUGAGUUCAGGACUAAAAAGUGAAAGUUGAAGCCGAUUUCGGAGAAGUUAGCGGAGGACGGAGGAGAGAGUUUCCCGCUACGCGUCCGCCAUAUUGGGUCGGGCAAGACUCACCUUUACACAAUCCGCUCGGACACAAAAUGGCUUCCAGAUUAGAGGAUGAUCUCUGCUGCCCGGUCUGUCACGACAUCUUUAAAGAUCCCGUUUUUCUGUCUUGUAGCCACAGCUUCUGUAAAAGGUGUCUGAACAAGUGGUGGACAAACAAACGGACACGUUUGUGUGCGGUUUGUAAGGCGGUAUCUUCCACCGGUUACCCACCUUUAAACCUGGUGUUAAAGAACCUGUGUGAGGCCUUCUUGUUGGAGAGAGACCAGAAAGCUUCAGAGGCUCUCUGCAGUCUGCACUCGGAGAAACUGAAACUCUUCUGUCUGGACGAUCAGCAGCCAGUUUGUGUCGUCUGCAGAGAUUCAGAAGAACACCGCAGCCACAGAUUCAAACCCAUCUAUGAAGUUACACGACCACAGAAGAAGGAACUUGAGGAAACUCUGGAACCCUUAAAGGAGAAAUUAAAGGUUUCUGAACAAGUUAAAGUGAAGUUGAAUCAAACAGCAAAACACAUUAAGGUCCAGGCCCGACGCACAGAGAGGCUGAUUAAGGAGCAAUAUAGUAAGCUUCACCUGUUUCUACAAGACGAAGAGGAGGCCAGGCUGGCUGCACUGAGGGAGGAAGAGGAGCAGAAGAGUCGGAUGAUGAAGGAGAAGAUUGAGGCUCUGAGCAGAGAGAUAGCAGCUCUUUCAGACGCAGUCAGAGCCACAGAGGAGGAGCUGAGAGCUGAAGAUGCCAUAUUUCUGAUCAACUACAAGGCUGCAGUGGAAAGAGUCCAGCAGCGCCCCCUGCUGGAGGAUCCACAGCUGCCCUCUGAAGCUCUGAUAGAUGAGGCCAAACACCUGGGCAACCUCAGCUUCCACAUCUGGAACCAGAUGAAAGAGAUGGUCUCCUACAGUCCUGUGAGUCUGGAUCCAAACACUGCUCAUCCAGACCUCAUCCUUUCUGAAGAUCUGACCUCUGUGAGAGAAGGAGAGGAACAGCGACUUCCUGACAAUCCAGAACGGUUUGAGUGUUUACCCGUUGUUCUGGGCUCUGAGGGCUUCAACUCUGGGACUCACAGAUGGGAUGUCGAGGUUGGAGACAGUCCAGUCUGGUCUCUGGGCGUGUUAGCAGAGUCUGUGCAGAGGAAGGGAGAUAUACAGUCUGGAUUUUGGGGAAUCGGGUUCCGUAAAGGUAAAUACUCAACAGGACCAACCACCAUCCUCAGCUUCCAGGAGAAGGUCCAGAGGAUCACAGUGAAUCUGGACUGGAACGGAGGAACGCUGUCGUUCUCUGAUCCUGAUACUAACGCACACAUACACACCUUCACACACUCUUUCACUGAGAGGAUGUUUCCGUACGUUAACAGCUGGGAUAAACUGAAGAUCGUACCACUGAAGGUCUGUGUGACUCUGGAGCAGAAAGGUUAGAGAUGAAGAGGAUGAUGGCCCAAAUAUUCGACUAUUCGGAUUUGUUCUUAAGUUUUCGGUUUCCAGUUUUGGGAUUUGAUAGAUUAUAUUUGAAUGAUGUUGUUUAUUAGUGCUGCCCACCCAAAAACCUUGAGUCAUCAAUCGAGAAGCCCCCCAAGUUGACUCACAUCUUGUCGUCGAGUCUCUGCUCUUUUGUUUUUUUAGCUGCCUCGUUGCACACACAGCGACUGCAUGGCAGCGUGUAAACAAACCAGAGAGUGACCACAAACCACAGAACUGACUCUCACUGAAGCUGAACCGUUAUUGAACCCGACGGUGGUUCAACUUCCUCUCCUGCACAUUUUAUUACUGAACUAUGAGCAGGACGAACACUUUUUACUGUGUGGAAAUCUGAUGUUUUCACAUAUCCCAGAUGACGAAAAAAAGACAAUAAAAACAUGAGACUGCAGAAGCUGCUGAUGUAGGAGUUCGAACUGGAGGAGAAAAAUAUACAGAAGAACCAAAAUCUGAUUGCACUGACACAAUUGUGAGUGGGACACAACCCUAUUGUUUAUUUCUUAAAGGGGAAAGUCGCUGCAGUUAACCUGUUGGGUUGAAUCGUGUCUCGCUAUCUCAUUAUGUUAUUAUCUAAUUAUUCCAAAGAUGUUUGUUUUGGUUUCAGUUAUUAGUUUAAUUAUUAGCUUUUGUCAGGUUUUUUGUGUGCACAAAUAAUUUCACUUGUUUCACUUUGUUUCUGAUCUUCUUUAGAAGUUUGGUUUGGUUUUUUUACUGAUUUUGUAUCAGGUUCAACUGUAAAUAAAGAGCAGCCGCCGCUUUGUGGAAGCUGAUGGAUACAAAUGAAUGAAUCAAUUCAUCAACAACUGCAUGUUUGAGCUGGGAAUCAUUGUUCUUGUCCACAUUAUAAAGUUCCCAAACAUUAACCUCAAUGUUACAGUUAGGAAA